UGACGGCGCGGGCGGGCCGGAAGCGCGGGGGGGGCGCGGUGGCCCCGCUCCCGUCCCGGUGCUCCCGGUGCUCCCGGCGCUCCCGGUGCUCCCCGUCCCGGCCCGGUCCCAGCCCGGCACCGCCAUGCGCAAGUUCUUCCAGGAGAUCAAGGCCGAUCUGAAGUUCAAGACGGCGGGGCCCGGGCAGAAGCUCUCGGAGCCGUCCCGGGCCCCCAAGGAGAAGCCCAAGGCCGAGGUGGCCCCGAAGCCCCGUCAGGCCCCGACGGAUGAAGCGCAGAAGGCGGCGGCCGCGGCGCUGGCCCGGCUGGAGCUGAAACCCAAGGGGAAGGCGCCGUGCUCGUCGCAGGAGGCCAUCAAGAACCAGGUGAAGAAAGAGCUGAUGGCCGAGGCAGCUGCCAGUGAAAAGGGGCUCUCCGUGGAGGAAAAGGAGCAGGAGGAGGAAGGGGCAGCUGCUCCCUCUGUUUCGGGGGUUUAUUUCAUCUGCCCCUUGACCGGUGAUGUUGUGAGGAAAGACCAGAAGGAAAAGCACCUUCGAGAAGCCAUCCARGCAUAUUUCUCCGUGGACCCAGUGGCUGCUUCCAUCAUGGAGAUCCACACCUUCAAUAAGGAUCGGGACAAGGUCCGGCUGUGCGUGGAGACCAUGGCCAAGUACCUGGAUAACAUCUAUCUCCAUCCAGAGGAGGAGAAAUACCGGAAAAUCAAAUUGCAGAACAAGGUGUUUCAGGAAAGGAUAAGCUGCUUGGAAGGGACGCACAAAUUUUUCCAGGCUGUCGGGUUUGAGACAAAAACGCUGUCUGUUCCAGAGCAAGACAGCACGGAGGAGUACUACGUGCUGAAGGAGGAGAUGCUGAGCAGGCUGGAGGAGCUGAAGGAGCACAAGGAGCAGCUGCUGAGCUCGGAGCCCGUGCGGGCGCAGCUGCACCGGCAGCUCACCGUGUUCCAGCCUUCGGCCUCCGGAGCUGCCGCGCGCUUCGAGCUGCCCCACGACUUCUUCAACCUCACGGCCGAGGAGCUGCGCAGGGAGCAGCGGCUCCGGACUGAGGCGGUGGAGAAGGCGUCCAUGCUGAGAACCAGGGCCAUGCGCGAGAAGGAGGAGCAGAGGGAGAUGAGGAAAUACAACUACACCUUGCUCCGGGUGCGCUUUCCCGAUGGAUACAUCCUGCAAGGGACUUUUUAUGCUCGAGAAUCGGUCUCUGCACUCUACAAAUUUGUGAGAGAAGCCCUCAAAGAGGACUGGCUGCCCUUUGAGCUCCUGGCACCCGGAGGUGUCAAACUGACUGAUGAGAACUUGGCCUUCAAUGAAUGUGGGUUGGUGCCCUCGGCCUUGCUAAGCCUGGCCUGGGAUGCUGCAGUCAUGGCCGAUGUGGAGGCAGCGGCGGCGGCGGAGGAGCAGUGCAGCGCCCUGAAAGCAGARCUGCUGGCCGGGGUGCAGACUCUCUCCUGAAAUAAAGGGCACUGCUGGCCGUGCUGCUGGGGUGAGACUCUUCCCUCCUUUUCCCAAGACUGCUGCUGGAGCUCCGGGAGCUCAGAGGUGGYGUUGGUUGAGCUCUGCAGAGGGGGCUGCACCCUGCUGUCCCCUCCCAGCUCCCAGUGGCACUGAGGAGCUUUCGACACCAAAUUGGAGCAGGGGCUGCCUGAGGUGGUGCCAAGGCAGAGGUGGCACUGGGGUUAGGUGCUGKUAGGCUGGAGUACCAAGCUGAGCCUGGCUGUGGGGCUGGGUUUAGGACUCAGCUUCCCUUUUUGCUUCUGUGUGCACUGUAACUCCUACUGGAGAGACCCUACUGGGGUAAAGUUAUACUUAGGCUGAUUAAACAGAAUUAUUUAAAGAUCAGUUCCGAUCCCAGUUCUUUCAGUUGCAUUGGUGUCAGGUUUGAGAUGCCAAACCAGUCCGAGCUGGGGCUGGUACUGGUGUUAGUGGGGCAGCAUCACAGCCCUUGUCCCUUCACAGCUAACAGCUACUGCUGCUGCCCAUGGGGGAGAUAAGAAACCCCCAAUAACUGACAAUCCUUAAAAGAACGAACUCAUAACUCACCAGCCCUAUAACGUUAAAAGCCCCAACAAGUCUUGUCUGUGUUUCAUCAAAUCUGAUGCCAAUUCAGUUCUUUACACCUCAGUUUUUCUGUGGGACAGAGCCCAGCUCUGAUGCAGACAGAACACUGAUCAUCUACCCCUGACCUGGAACUCAGCCUGUCCCAAAAUAAAGAGAAACGAUGCAUUUUCCCUUUUUCCAAWGGUAAAGCCCUGCUGCUGUUCUCUGGAGCAAGUAAGACCACAAACAGGAUGGUACAAGAGCAUAAAUUCAUAUAUAAUUGUACAUCAUUUAUACCCAAGGCCACGCUGUACAACAUUAUCAACAGUCAUUCCCCAGUGGCAUCACAAUAAGCUUAUUCCAAAAUCCCUCAAGCUACUUUUAGAGAUAACUUAGAUACCUUCCAUUACAAAGAAGUAUCAACAUUUCAAUAAUGCUUUAUUAAGGACAGAUUAAUAUGCAGGGUUUUUUUYUUUUUUUU